UUAGAUAAGCCAAGUGAUGAGGAUCUUGAGAGCACUGGAAGUGCAGAGACUGAAAUGUUUAUUCCUAUAUAAAGAGCAAUAAAAGAAAAAAAAAAGAAAUCCAAUUGAUGCAGCCUUAGGGACAUCUCAGAUCUUGUGAAGGAGGUGGUAAGAAAUGAUUCCACCAGAGACCUUAUAAAUGUUAUGAGGGAAGAGAGGGACAAAGCUCAAGAGUAUGAGCUGAGACUGUUUCACCUUCCACAAAGCUCAAGGCCAAAUGCAAGUAAUGCAUUCACAGAUUAUGACCAACAACAACAACUAGUGGUAUGUAGUAGGUACAGAGUGGAUCCAGUGGCAGUGAAACACCUGUUAGUGGAAUGUAUCAGUCAUUGUACAGUCAGUGGAACUAAGGACUUGUAA